AUGCGCACCUCUCCGAAUGUGAUCGUGACCGGGACUCCCGGGGUGGGCAAGACCGUCCACUGCGAGCAGCUGGCGGAGGAGACCGGCUUGAAGCACCUGUCCGUCAACCAGAUCGCCAAAGACCGCGACUGUUACGAAUCUUUCGAUGAAGAGCGCAAGAGCUGGGUUGUCGACGAGGAUAAGCUCCUCGAUGCGAUUGAAGAUGAGGUAGUGCAGGGUGGUUACAUUAUUGACUGGCAUGCAUGCGACCUCUUCCCCAAAUCCUGGAUCGAUCUCGUAGUAGUCGUGCGCUGCCCGGAAACAUCGAUUCUCUACGACCGUCUCCAAGCUAGAGGUUACCACGAAGAGAAAUUACAAGAGAAUCUUGACGCAGAGAUCUUUGGAGUCCUUCUUGAAGAAGCCCGCGAAGCCUUCGACGAAGAGAUAGUGGUCGAGUUGAACAGCGAGAAGGACGGAGACGUUGAUACCAAUUGCACCAGGAUUUCCCAGUGGGUUGAAAACUGGAAGAAGCAACAUGCCGAGGAUGCGGAGUGA